GUUCAAAGCUAGAAAAAAUACCUAGGCAUGGCUGUGGAGGAACUUCAAUCCAUAAUAAAGAGAUGUCAAAUACUAGAAGAACAAGACUUUAAAGAAGAAGAUUUUGGCCUAUUUCAGUUAGCAGGCCAAAAAUGCAUAGAUGAAGGGCAUGUUGACCAGCUAAUAGAAAUUAUUCAAAAUGAACAAAAUAAGGUCAUCAUCAAGAAUAUGGGCUGGAAUCUUGUUGGUCCUGUUGUUCGAUGCCUUUUAUGGAAUGAUAAGGAAGAUGACAAAAGAAAACAUUAUUCUCUGAUGCUUGAUUUAUUGGUAAAGUUAUGUAAUCCAAAGGAAUUAUUGUUGGGUUUGCUUGAACUGAUUGAAGAGCCCUCUGGAAAACAGAUAUCCCAAAUUGUUCUUCUUUUACUUCAGCCAUUGCAAACAGUGAUUCAGAAACUUCAUAACAACAAAGCAUAUUCAGUUGGAUUAGCAUUGUCUACACUUUGGAGUCAGCUCUCUCUCCUUCCUGUUCCAUACUCUAAAGAACAAAUACAAACAGAUGAUUAUGGCCUUUGUCAGUGUUACAAGGCCUUAACAGAGUUCACUAAACCUUUUGUAGAAGAAGUGAUUGGUGACAAACAGAGCUCACUGGAAAAUACAAAGUUAAAGGAUGAGAUACUGAAAUUUUGUUUCAAAAGUUUGAAAUGCCCUUUGCUGACAGCACAGUUCCUUGACCAGUCUGAAGAAACUGAGAAUGACCCUUUAAGGUGUUUUGCAUCUGAAAUAAUAGGAUUUUUGUCAACAAUUGGACACCCUAUACCCAAAAUGAUAUUUAAUCACGGAAAGAAAAAGAAAACUUGGAAUCACCUUGAAUUUGAAGAAGAAGAAGACAAACAAUUAGCAGACUCUAUGGCUUCUUUGGCAUAUCUAGUAUUUGUACAGGGCAUCAGUAUUGAUCAGCUGCCAAUGGUGUUAAGCCCAUUGUACCUUUUGAAAUUUAAUAUGGGGCAUAUUGAAGUCUUUUUGCAAAGAACAGAAGAGUCUGUCUUCUCCAAAGGAUUGGAUCUGUUGGAGAAUGGUUUAUUGAGAAUAGAAGACAACAGUUUACUUCACCAGUAUUUAGAAAUUAAGAGUUUUCUUAGUGUACCUCAGGGCUUAGUCAAAAUAAUGACACUUUGCCCCAUUGAAACAUUGAGGAAAAAGGGUUUAGCUAUGCUUCAACUGUACAUUAAUAAGUUGGAUUCACAAGGCAAAUACACAUUAUUUAGGUGCUUAUUGAAUACAAGUAAUCACUCAGGUGUGGAGGCCUUUAUUAUUCAAAAUAUCAAAAAUCAAAUUGACAUGUCAUUAAAGAGAACAUAUAACAACAAAUGGUUUACAGGACCUCAGCUGAUUUCCCUUCUGGAUUUAGUACUCUCUCUCCCAGAGGGUGCUGAAACCGAUCUACUGCAAAACUCAGAUAGGAUAAUGGCUUCAUUAAAUUUAUUGAGGUAUUUGAUUAUAAAAGAUAAUGAAAAUGACAAUCAAACUGGAUUAUGGACAGAACUUGGGAAGAUUGAGAAUAACUUUUUAAAGCCACUCCAUACCGGACUUAAUAUGUCAAAAGCACAUUAUGAAGCAGAAAUUAAAAAUAACCAAGAAAAUAGCCAAGAAGUUCAGAAGUCUAAAGAUCUUUGUUAUGUAACUGUAGGUGGGGAAGAGAUCCCUAAUAUGCCUCCAGAAAUGCAGCUUAAGGUUCUACAUUCAGCUCUUUACACCUUUGAUUUGAUUGAAAGUGUUCUGGCUCGAGUAGAAGAACUUAUUGAAAUAAAAACAAAGUCUACCUCUGAAGAAAAUAUUGAGAUAAAAUGAAAACUCAUCCUAAAUAAAA